GGUGGAGACGCUCCGCGGACAUGGUGGUGGUGGCGGCGGCGGCGGCGGCGGCGGCGCCCAGCCCGGCGGCCGGGGCCCGCAAGGUGCUGCUGCUGUCCGGCAAGCCCGCCGCCAACGCCGGCGUGGGACCCGGAGCCCCGGCCGGCGGGGCGCUGCCGCUCAUGGUGCCGGGCCAGCGAGGGGCCAGCCCGGAGGCGGCGAGCGAGAGCCCGCCGCAGGCGCGCAAGCGACAGCGCCUCACGCACCUGAGCCCCGAGGAGAAGGCCCUGCGCAGGAAACUGAAAAACAGAGUGGCAGCUCAGACGGCGAGGGACAGAAAGAAAGCCCGAAUGGGCGAGCUGGAGCAGCAAGUGGUGGAUCUGGAGGAAGAGAACCAUAAACUUUUGCUAGAAAAUCAGCUUUUACGAGAGAAAACGCAUGGCCUCGUAGUUGAGAACCAGGAGUUAAGACAGCGCUUGGGAAUGGAUGCCCUGCUUACUGAAGAGGAGGCAGAGACCAGGGGGGAUGGAUCGAGGCCAGUGGCCGGGUCUGCUGAGCGCAGCACUCAGACUACGUGCACCUCCGCAGCAGGUGCAGGCCCAGCUGCCACCCCUGCAGACCCUCUCCCCAUGGAUUCUGACAGUGUUGACUCUUCAGACUCUGAGUCUGAUAUCCUGUUGGGCAUUCUGUUCAACUUGGACCCAGUCAUGUUCCUCAGAUGCCCUUCUCCAGAGUCAGCCAGCCUGGAGCAGCUCCCGGAAGUCUCCCCAGAAGAACCCAGUUCCUUGCCAGCCUCCCCUUCUCCAUCGCUGGGGGCGUCAUCAGUCAAGCUGGAGGCCAUUAAUGAACUGAUUCGUUUUGACCACAUCUACACCAAGCCCCUAGUCUUAGGGCUCCCCUCUGAGACAGAGAGCCAGGCGAAUGUGGUAGUGAAAACUGAGGAAGCACCUUUCAGCCCUUCAGAGAAAGAUCACCCGGAAUUAACUGUCUCCGUGAAGGAAGAGCUUGCAGAAGAUGACUUCAUUCCAGAGCUGGGCAUCUCAGAUCCGCUGUCACCCAGCCACGCUCUGAAGCCAUCGUCCUGCCUGCUAGAUGCAUACAGUGACUGUAGAUAUGAGGGCUGUCCUUCCCCGUUCAGCGACAUGUCCUCUCUGCUUGGUGUAGACCACUCUUGGGACGACACUUUUGCCAAUGAACUCUUUCCCCAGCUGAUUAGUGUCUAAGAAGGGAUCCAUUUUCCUUGACCAUCAGACUGCCUGGAGAAUAGCAGAGGAGCCUCUGCUUCAUCCAAGGUCAGAGUAGAAGUCGUGCAGUCCUAGAGAACUCAUCCAGAGUCUGUUCAAACCCAAGGUCACCCAGGUGUUGUCUUGCCAUCCAGUAGCCCAGGGCACUUAACAUCACCACCAUUCAGGAUGACAGCUUUUGAGGGUCUACCUUUAGGGUAGCGACUUGGCCUCACAUUGGCUAAGGGUCAUCUGUCAAGUGUUAGGACAGAAUUCACCAGUGGCCACUGAUCAUUUCAUCCCUUUCAGCAUCCUGGCUUGUCUCCAGUCUUAGGUCCUUUGUUCAUGCAGACAGUAGGCUACAUUUCCUUCCUGUACAGUUCAAGUAAAGAUCAAGAAUCUUUUGUAAAAUGAUAGAAAUUUACUAUGUAAAUGCUUGAUGAAAUCUUUCCCGUUAGUGUAGCUUUUGGAAGGUGCUUUCUCCAUUUAUUUAAACUGCCCAUGCAAUUAAAAAGUGCAAUGCAGCA